UCCCUGACAGCACUGGCAUUUGUAUUUAAAAAGAGUCUGCUUGGAGACUCUGUCAGGCUAUUUGCCGGUUCUGCCGCGGUGAGCACGAGCUCCCUGGAGACGUCUGGGAGGGCUGGUGAAGGAAGGAAGCUUAUAGGUGACUGCUCACUUCUGCCACUGCUCAGAAGGGGACAAAGCCAGCUGCUCGUGCUGUUCAUGAUGCUAUAUCUUGAGAUAUCUGCAGGUUGAGCACGUCUACUUUGCAGAACCGUACCUACGCUUGCUGUUGGAAAUGUCCGCCUCAGGUAGAAAAGAGUUUGAUGUGAAACACAUCUUAAGGCUGCGAUGGAAACUUUUCAGUCACCCGUCUCAGAGCUCCGCGGGAAGCUGUCUUCCUCAGGACAGCUUCGAGCACUGGGGCCCCAGUCAGCCUCGAAUAAAGAGCCACAGCCACGAGAGGAGUGCUUUCAAGAAGAAAGUCAGUGGCGUGAAUGGCUCUCUAUUUCCAUCGCCCAGCAAUGGCAGGCAUGGAAACCACAGCUGCCAGCAACAGAGAACAGUUUUCUACGUGGAAGCUGUUGGUGAGAUGCCUGGAGUGGAGUUCACCGGGGAGGUCAAGCCCUUUGGCCAUGAAGUCAAGGAAGAAGAAAGCGAUUCCGACAGCAGUAAUGUGACAGGACUGGGGUGUGGGAACAGACUGACAGUGGCCAGCUGUCCCCUGCCACCUCUCAACCAUAUGGAGUCAGACAGUUCAGAAGAGUUUUAUCAGUCUUUACAUCAUGCAGAGCAGACCUUCAGGAAAAUGGAGAGCUACCUGAAGCAGCAACAGCUCUGUGAUGUUAUAUUGAUUGCCGGAGACCGCAAGAUACCAGCUCAUAGGCUCGUUCUAAGCGCUGUGUCAGACUACUUUGCUGCAAUGUUUACAAGUGAUGUUUGUGAAGCCAAACAAGAAGAAGUCAAAAUGGAAGGGAUUGAUCCAUCUGCCCUGUGGGAUUUGGUGCAGUUUGCUUACACUGGGUGCCUUGAGCUGAAGGAAGACAACAUUGAAAACCUCUUGGCAGCUGCCUGUCUGCUGCAGCUCUCGCAGGUAGUUGAUGUUUGCUGUCACUUCCUCAUGAAGCUGCUGCAUCCAUCCAACUGUCUUGGGAUCCGGGCUUUUGCAGAUGCUCAGGGCUGCCUUGAACUCAUGAAGGUGGCGCACAGCUACAGCAUGGAACAUAUUAUGGAGGUGAUAAGAAAUCAAGAAUUCCUGCUGCUUUCUGCUGAUGAAAUUCUCCAGCUCCUUGCCAGUGACGAUGUUAAUGUUCCCGAUGAAGAAACAAUAUUUCAUGCCCUUAUUUCAUGGGUGAAAUAUGACACACAAAGGUGUAAAUAUUUAAGUACUCUGCUUGCCUACAUUAGACUUCCUCUUCUUCCAGCACAGCUUCUGGCAGAUCUAGAGAAUAACGCUCUCUUCAAGGAUGAUAUUGAAUGUCAAAAGCUUAUUCUUGAAGCCAUGAAAUAUCACCUUCUACCAGAAAGGAGGCUUUUGUUGCAAAGCCCGCGGACAAAACCGAGGAAGUCUACAGUUGGAGCACUAUAUGCUGUUGGAGGGAUGGAUAAUAACAAAGGUGCAACAACCUUAGAGAAAUAUGACCUAAGGACAAACACUUGGACACAAGCUGGAAUUAUGAACGGUAGGAGGCUGCAGUUUGGAGUGGCUGUGAUUGAUGAAAAGCUGUAUGUUAUUGGUGGGAGGGAUGGCCUACAGACUUUAAACUCAGUGGAAUGUUACAACCUGAAAACAAAAACAUGGACCACCGUGCCUGCGAUGUCAACUCAUAGACAUGGACUUGGAGUGACAGUAUUGGAAGGCCCCAUCUAUGCAGUGGGAGGUCAUGACGGCUGGAGUUACUUGAGCACCGUGGAGAGGUGGGAUCCUCAAAGUCAGCAGUGGACGUUUGUGGCAAGCAUGUCCAUCGCCAGGAGCACUGUAGGAGUGGCCUCUUUGAAUGGAAAGCUGUAUGCAGUGGGAGGCCGGGAUGGGAGCUCCUGUCUCAGCUCGAUGGAGUGUUUUGAUCCCCACACUAAUAAGUGGAAUGUUUGUUCGCCGAUGUCCAAACGACGAGGAGGUGUUGGGGUGUCAACGUGUGAUGGAUUUCUGUAUGCUGUUGGGGGGCAUGAUGCACCUGCUUCCAAUCACAGUUCCCAUCUCUCUGAUUGUGUGGAAAGAUAUGACCCCAAAACAGACACAUGGACAGCUGUGGCACCGUUAGGCCUGGCUCGUGACGCUGUUGGAGUUUGCCUUCUUGGAGAUAAGCUGUACGCAAUCGGGGGUUAUGAUGGGCAAACAUACUUACAAACAAUGGAGUGUUAUGACCCUCAAACAAAUGAAUGGACAAAGAUGGCAUCACUGAACAUUGGAAGAGCUGGUGCUUGUGUUGUUGUCAUUAAGCAGCCAUGAAGUCCACAGAAAAGACUCUUCUUGUAUCACAAGUGUUUCCUGAAAUGGUGCAAAAUAUCAAACAUGACCAAACAUCAUCGACAAUUUGUUCAACCAUUAAAUUGUUAGAACAAUGACAGUGUCUAACUGAAGUGUCUAAUCAAGAAUGGAAAGUUAAAAAUGUUUUAAAAUAUAUAUAUAAGAUUAUUUCAAAAUAAAUUACCUAUGAUGUAUUUUGGAAUAACCUUGAAUUAAACUCACAAUCCACAUUUUGGAGACCUGUGUAAAUUGAAAAUAUUGUAUUCGAGAAAUACUUUUUUAAGGAAAUGUACAUGCUGUUUUAAAAUGGCCACAUAUAUCCAAUAUAUCUGAUUGAAAUUUAACUGGAUAUUCUUCCAUUAUUGCAAAAGUGAUGAGAAAUUAACUACCUUAUGUUAAUUCUUCUACUGUCCCAUGACAAAAAAUAAUCUCACUUUCCUUUCAGAUGCAAUUAAAAUAAUAUGCAGUAUUUUACAUUGCAACUUUUAAAAUAUGGUAUUGGUAUACAAACUACAUAACAACUAAAGUUUGAGCAGAAUCUCCAUUUAAAUAAUUGUGUAAUAUUUCUCAUAGACAAUAAUCUGUGGUUUCUUUGGAAAGACUAAAUGUUUAGUUUUUUCCUGCAAAAGAGCAUUUACAGUAGAUCUUUCACUUUCAUUCAAAAAGUAAAAAACAUUUGUUUUUCAUGGUUUUUAAAAGCAUAUACAGUUAUAUACAUAUACCAAAGUCAGAGAUACAUUAUUUUUACUCUCAGGAAAUCUUUUUUUUAUUAUCAAAAUUAUUUAUGGUAACACUUGUUUUGUCUCUGUGUCAAUGUCAUCCAAUUAAGUAUUUUCUAGCUAAAGAAAAUUGGUAUAACUGAUAAAAAUAGUAACUAUAAUAACUGUACAAUUAGGCAAUGAGCCUUAUUAAAUGCCUGUCUAAAAUAGUCAUUUUGUUUUCUUCCAAAGAUUGUGCAAAGAAUUGUAAUGAUCAAAGUAUUAUUACAGUAUCAACCAAACAUUAAUAAGGAAUUCUGUAAUAUGUUUAGCAAAUACUGGGCAUUUACAGAACAAAUGGAGUAUUGUUCAUUUGUCAUCCACAGGCCAAUAGAUUCUAACCAUUUAUUCCAUACCUACUGUACCAGUAAAAUUUACUGAGACGUAAAUUAAAGCAUGA